AUGGCUCACAUACGUAUUUUUCAUGAGAAACGAAAUUACUCAAUAUUAGUGGCUGUAGAAGAUGAUAAUUGCUUGAGUCUUUCGUCGUUACAACGAGCUUUCCCGGGUUGUACAGGCCUUUAUCACCAUAGUGAUAAUGGAAAUGAUAUAAUAUUGGUGCCGGGUAAUAAUAAUGGCUGUUUUCAGUGUGAGUGGAAUUAUGAGAUAGCAUAUCAUCCAUAUUAUCCAGGUAAUAUUGAAGGAACUCAACAAACAUCUGAAUUUUAUGUAUAUUGUAUACUAUUAGAUGCUCGACCGAAUUCACUCACAUCAUCAUCAUCUAGUUUUUUUCGACAGUUGUGUGUUACUGCAGCUGGUAAUAAUAUAUGUGAAGAAAUUAAAAGUAAAGCUAUACUAAGUGUACAAGCAGUAAUUGUUGGUCAUGAUAUAAGAUCAUUUGUUACUGAUGAAUAA